AUGCCAGAUUUUGAAAUCAGUGCGGAGAUAGAUAUUGAAGCACCCGAUGCAGAACAAGAAACUAAGAUCCGUGAACUACAUAAAAGUCUUGAGCCAUAUAUGCUUAGACGCCUUAAAAAGGAUGUCGAAAAAUCAUUGCCGCAGAAGACCGAAAGGAUUUUACGAGUUAUCUUAUCACCAUUACAGAUGCACUAUUAUAAAAAUAUCCUUACGAAAAAUUUUGAUGUUUUGAAUGAAGGAGUCACUGGUUCUUCUCAAAUGAGCCUUUUGAAUAUUGCAGUCGAAUUGAAAAAGGCCAGCAAUCAUCCAUUCUUAUUCCCAAAUGCCGAACCUCGUACAGUUCGUAAUGAAGAUCAAUUGCGUGGCCUAGUUACCAACAGCGGGAAAAUGGUACUUUUGGAUAAAUUAUUAACAAGAUUAAGGGAAUCAAACCACCGAGUUUUAAUUUUCUCUCAAAUGGUUCGGAUGCUGGACAUAUUAACAGACUACCUUAAAUUGCGAGGUUAUCAACACCAAAGGUUGGACGGAAGCGUCCCAUCGGAAGCUCGUAAAAAGUCCAUAGAACAAUUUAACGCCCCGAAUUCCCCUGAUUUUGUUUUUCUACUAUCGACACGUGCUGGUGGUUUAGGUAUAAAUCUUAAUACAGCAGAUACUGUCAUUAUUUUUGAUUCCGACUGGAAUCCGCAAAAUGAUCUUCAAGCGAUGGCCAGAGCACAUCGUAUUGGACAAAAGAACCAUGUGAACGUCUAUCGAUUUGUAUCAAAAGACACGAUUGAAGAAAGCAUCCUCGAACGCGCAAAACGUAAAAUGGUUCUUGAGUAUUGCAUCAUUAAACAAAUGGAUACUUCUGGAAUGAGUAUCUUGCAAAAGAAUCCAAAAAAUUCAAAGCCAUCAGAGAAUUUUAGUCGCGAGGAACUGUCUGCAAUUCUCAAGUUUGGUGCUCAAAACAUGUUCAAAGAAGAAGGUGCCAAAAAACUUGAUGAUCUCGAUUUGGAUGAUAUACUGGCUCGAGCUGAAACUCACGACACGGUUGGGGACCAAACGAGCAGUAGUCUUGGCGGUGAAGAAUUUUUGAAACAAUUACAAGUCGCUGACUUUGGUGAUGGAGAUAUGAGUUGGGAAGAUAUCAUACCUCAAGAAGAAAGAGAGCGACUAGCAAAGGUUGCCGCGGAACUUGCUCAAGAACAAGAGUACGAUAACAAUAAUAAGACAGGAUCGAAGCGCAAGGCAGUUGUUCAAGGUGGGACUAACGUAAUCGACUCGGACGAUGAUGAAGACGAGCCACCAAAGAAAAAAAAGUCCAGAUCUAAACGAAAAGUGGUUUCGGAUGAUGAACUUUCACGUGAAGACAGGGAUGAUUCUGACUCAGAUUCUAAUGAUGGCCGUAUGACGAAAAAAUCGCGCUCACGUAGAAGGAAAGGUGAUAACACGAAUGGGAAAAGAUCAAACGGAAGACGUUAUAAACAUUCUUCAUCCGAAAAUGAAGACGAUCGUACUACUCAAAAGAGAUCAAAAUUGAAUAGGAAGCAUAAAGAUUCAGAGGAAGACGACGAACCAAUAAAAGCAUUAAAAAAACAAAAAUCCGCAACAAGUUCAUCACGUGAAAUGUCACAAAAAGAUGUACGAGCAUUAAUAAAAGGUAUUAUGAAAUUUGGUGACAUUCAUCAACGAUAUGAAGAAGUUGUUGCAGAGGCUGGCCUACAAGAAAAGGAUCAGCAACAUCUACUCACAGUCUAUGAUGAAUUAUUUACGAUAUGUAAAAAGGCUGUUGAAGAACACGAGGCUUCAAAUGAUGCUAACUUUCCCAACCCUCGUGGAAAAGCAAUACAAACCACAUAUCGCGAUGUAGAUAAAAUUAACGCGGGCGCGUUGAUUCAGCGCGUUAAUGAUCUUAAAAGCUUGCAUGACAAAAUAAAGAGUGUUGCAGAUCCCGUGAGAUUUAGAAUCGCGGUUUCCACAAAACCAGUUACCAAUUGGUUUUCGGAUUGGAGUCAACCUGAAGAUGAUUCUCUCGUGGCAGGAAUAUACAAACACGGCUUUGGUAAUUGGAAAGCUAUUCGCAGUGACCAAGAGUUGGGCCUCGCUGAUAAGCUUUCCAUCGACGAAGGUGAUGCAGCCCAACGGACAGCCUUAACUGCCAAGGUCGUACGAAGGGCCGAAUAUUUGUUGAAGGUUGUCCGGGAAUUGGAUGAUGAGGAGGAGGAACGGGGUCGACGACUUCGAUUUCGUCCUGGCUCUCGUGGGGAUGGUCCUGGCGAAGCAGGUCCAUCUGCCCGUGAUUCUGCACCCACUAAGGGGAAGAAGGCUGCGAAACACAUAAACAACUCAAAUGAAGAAGAUUCUAUCCAGCAACCAACUGAUCGAGAAUGUAAAGAGCUACUACGUCCAGUCAAGGAUAAACUUCAGUGGCUCAAGAAGGAAUCGGGUCAAUAUAGUGGUAAGGAGAAGGCCAGACUUAUCAAAGAGUCACUUAAAAUUAUUGGCGCGAAGAUUGGAGAUAUCCUUGCCACAAAGUCAGCGGCCGAAAAAACUCAAUGGCAAUUUAAUUUGUGGCAGUUCGUUACGUAUUUUUGGCCUCGAGAAAUUGGGGCAGAAAAAUUGAUCGAUCUGCAUCGCAAACUGGAAGCUGCCGAGGCGGGUUUAGGCAAUUAA